GAUUUCGAGAAAGACUCUACUUACGACGGGGCGAGCACGUCUGGGCAUUAACUUUUUUCUGCGGAUGGUGAUCCAAAAGCAGCCAUAACAUAACGGAUCGGUGUAGGCGGAAAGCAAACAGCUGACAUGUCAGAGUGGCGAAAUGGUGGCUGGAAAGCCGUGUUUUGUGUUUCCGUUACUUGGUUUGUAUGGACUGGCCUCAUCAAGGGUUUAGGAGUAAUGCUACCAGUCUUGAAGGAACAAUUCGAUUCUAAAACAUGGCUGGUUGGCUGGAUUAUCGCUAUGAUUAACGGAGCCGUCGACUUUGCAGGACCAUUUUCUGGACCGCUUGAAGCUCGAUUUGGGACCCGCGCUGUGAUAAUGAAAAGUGGUCUGAUGAUCGGUACAUCACUCAUCGUGUCUUCCAUGUCAACUAGUAUUGUUCAGCUUGCCGUAACUCUUGUUGUGUUGUCAGCACCUGGUAUAAGUUUUGCAAACAUUCUAACCAGAGCGAUGGUUGGACGUUGUUUUACUACUCAGUAUGCCACAGCCAAUGGUAUCGGUCACACUGGACACCCAUUGGCUCUCAUUGUGUUCCCGCCACUCACUCAGCUGUUUCUAAAUACAUACGGCUGGAGUGGCUCAAUGCUAUUAUUUGGUGCCAUCUUCUUGCACCUUGUCGUGUGUGGUGCUCUUAUCCACAACCACGAGAGGAACAACGGGGGUGAAUCAUAUUCUCCACUAAGAGACGUAGAUGCUGAAAGUGAUACCAGACCUCUAGGAGACGAAGAGGCAAAAAGUGAUACCAGGACUUGCUUUGAUUUCGGAAACAGUUGCAGUCUCGGAAACUUCGGACUGGACAUUCUGCGGACAGUUCCAUUUUGGAUCGGAACCAUUCCGUAUAUCUCUAAUCGUUUGGUGAACGACUUAUGGGUUAUUUACUUCGUAGCGCACGCCGAGGCGAAUGGAUUCUCUCUUGCAGACGCUGUGCUCUUCACCUCGGUUGCUGGAGUGGGUAAUCUAUUGGUCAAAGUCCUUCAUGGUCCAAUCGUAGACUGGGGUUGGAUAAAAUUAAGACCCAUGAUUGUAUUGAUGACGACUGUUGCAAUGCUGUGUCUAUUCGCGGAUCCCUGGAUGAACACCUUUUGGUUGAUGCUCAUUAAUGCUGUAGUCUUCAUGGGGACAUCGGGUGCUCUGGGAUCGCUAAUUGAUCUAUACACGAAGGAUUUACUUGGUGCAGACCAACUGGUGAAUGCGUUCAGCUGGAUGGGAGUCAUGGGAGGAUUUGCCACUUUUGGUCUUGGAUUCUUCCCCGGUUGGAUCUACGAUGUGACAGGGAGCUACGACUUGGCUUUCAUCUUGAUGGGGUUUAUCUGGUCUCUAACGAUACUAGCCCUUGCUGUGGAAUGGAUGCUACUCAGGUGGGGGACAUCUCCCAAGAGAACCGGAAACGUGCCAUGAACACUUCUAGCUCUAAUGACAGUCUCAUAGAGUUUAAAACAGUCGUCUAUUUGAGUCGCAGUUUGAAGCCUGGUUCAUUUCUGCGAAUGAAAAGCGAAUUUUGUUGACGCACAUGCCAUAGUGCCCUCGCAGCGAAUGUUUCGUAGGAGCUUCGAACACAUGUCAUCAAUGUUACGAUAGUACUCACUUCAAAUUUGCGAUUCUUGGGCUGACACCCCAACAUGUGUUAAUAUCUGUACUUCUUAUUAAUGUCAUUUCUACCUCCAUGUUAUUAUAUACCUCAUAUUUUUUAUAUAGAAUCCUCUAAUCUGAUUGUUUAAAAAUUGAGUAAUUGAAAAAGCCUGGCUUCUCUUUCUGUCAAGAUGACGUCAUAGUUAACUACGCCCCGUGGCAAUCGACUGUGCCCGCCCUGAAAAUAACGGUCGCUAAUAGGUCACUCCUACUAUGCUCCUACAAUGCACGUGUACGACUAGCGUUCCGUGUCACGUUAGGAGGAGUCAGUGUUUGUUGAUUAGAAGAUUCUAGGAGAAUGCAAUUUCUUGCCAACUGGCUGCUAGCUGGCAAUAGCUUUUGCAAUGUAAUCAUUUACUGUCUCUUCAACAAGGCAUUUCGUAAAACAGCUAAGAAAAUUCUCAGAGAGAGAUUUCCCUACUGCAAUAGAUUGGUUGCACCAUCCCAUUUGAAAAUUGCAUUAUAGCUUAACUAGGCCUAUUAACCCACAGUUAUACACAACAACACUGCUGGAACAAAACAUUUAAUGUAACUGUUCUGUUCUGCAUUUCGCACAGGACGCCGUACGAUUUUACUUGUAGACUUUACCUGUGAAAUAAUCCGCCUUCGGGGCGGGUGUGCACAAUACAAUAUAAUACAAUACAAUACAAACCAUUGACAAUGGUUCAAAGUCUGUGAGACGGUAGGCCAAUGACGGAGGUCAAUCUGCAAGAGGGCGCUAUUUGGGGCAAUAAUGUGUCUGUGCUUGGCACAGACAUAAAUAACCUGUCUGUGGUGCUAGGCCAUCGGUUAAGCAAUCUGAACAGCCGUGUCGGGUAGACGAAAAGCCACGAUCACAAACUUGAAACCAACUAUAACUUGCCGCUUUGUGACACCAACAAUCUGCUUGCUCUCAUCGGACCUUAUACCUAUUUUAUUAAAUAUCAUUGGGUCUUCGUUUUUUUUUUUUUUAGACAAAAGCAUCACAAACUAAAGAUUGGUUAUUCCCAAUACACACGCUGUUUACCAGCCACGGACUAAAACGCAAAAUUUGAUAAAAAUGGCUCUGAUUAUUCGUGCGGGUGCGAAGGUCUCUGUAAUGCUUAUGUACUUUCACAUAGCUCUAUAGACUUUCAUCGUAGAAAAAGGACUUUCUCUUUCAUUAAUACCAGCCUGAUGGAAAUCAGUCAACUUAUCAAAGUGCCUAAAAACUAACCAGGUUGUUUUAUAUCGACCAAAUUGAUAGAGAAUGAUCUCUUUCGUUGUGAAAAGUCGUUAGGCGACGGUUAAAAUAAUCCGUUUGCAUGUGACCUCAGAGAACGGAUGUCUUUGCAUGGGGGUUGGGUCGGAAAAGACAAUUAAUUUCCGGGUAUUUCUUGAAAAAAUUGAAUAGUAUUAGUGCGGUAUGAGGGCGUCCAUAAAUACAGAACACUGAGGUUGAGCAGUCAGAACAAAAAUUUGGUGUGUCAGAACAUCAAAGAAAGAAUGUUUCCCUCAUAAAGAUUUGAGGUGUAGUGGCCUCCACUGCAUCAUUCAACAGUCAAAGAAGAAGUGAUAAAUUGCAUUGGCAUUCACUGGUCAAAAUAAGACGCUUCAAUGAAUAAGGUUACAAAGAUCAUUCAAUUUAGUAAGCAAGACGCAUAGAUUUUAUAAAAAAAAAAACAGUUUUCAAAUGUAUUUUUAUCUCAAAGUUGGCAAUUUUUUACGACAAGAUUGCUGCACGUGGUCGGUCGGAGUCUGACCUGAACUUCUAAGUUGUUCAUGUAUUUUUGAAUAUUUUCCUUUUUGCAAUACAUCCUAUAGGGGUUGUUUUAGUGGGGUUGCACCCCUAGGAGUGACAAAGAUUAACGUUAAUCCGUCUGACCCUCACCACAAUAGUAAUUUCAGACAAAUAUAAUGGUAAAGAUAUUGUGCCAUUUAAUUUGUCGACAACUUUUAAUCAUGAAUUAUAAACGAUUGAGGUAAAAUUGAACACGCUUUUAAUUGUUUAAACUCAUCUGUCAAAAGAUUUGUCAAAAUGUCUUAAAGGGUUUUAAUUAAAAAAAAACACAAAGAUAGUC